ACGCGAUAGAAGUAAAUUUGUUUUUGCGAAAAUGAAUGUGGCCACACAUUAUCAAACCCAUUUGAACUGCGACGUGAAUUCGUCAAAUUGUGAACUCAUUCUGAUUUAUCUGCACGAUCGAAAGGGUUUAUGUUGUAGAGCUCGUCAAGAAGGUAAAUCGUGUUGAAGAACAUAUUGAUCGAGUGCUGAUUGAUGUACAAUCGGAGAUGAUUUGAGUGAAAUUGUUUUUACCAAAAUAGAUAUGGCCACACUGUAUAAGACCCAUUUUAUCGGGGAAUAAAUUAACUCCGACGAAAGAACGUCCCCGACGAAGAGGUCAUCUUCCAUCCUUCAACCCUAACUGAUAACCUAAUUUCAAUUCUGUAUAGAUUUCAUUGUUCUCGGCAAACUUCUCUCUACUCCAUUCCUAGUUUGACAACAAUUGUGUUUACGAGAGAUUUCAUGGUCAUUUGAAUUUUACCUUAAUCUCGAGCUUACUUGAAUUUUACCUUAAUCUCUCUUGGGUGAACUUCCAGUUUUCCUUCUACCUACAUAGUUAAUGUGAACAAACAAGAAAAGAGGGAGAGCAAAGCCUCCCGUUUUUUAAGCUCGUUAAAGUUUCAAAUCGAGCUCAAAUAAGUUACUACUCGGUUCAUUUAUCACCCCAAAUCCUUUGAGAUCAGCACGUCUCAUAGCUAAGCUUGAACACAUUUUCGAAGCUUUUUUAAUCACCCCUAAUCCUGGGUUUGUCCAAAAAUUGACCUGAAUGUAGUUGUAUGUGCUCGCCUACUCGGACCUGAGAGAUUUUCCAUUUUGCCAUCAAUUAGAAAAAUGUGUGUUUUCGUGUUCUGUUGAUAAAGAAACUUACAUAGUGUAGUAAGUUUAACUUCAUUUAACCAAUUUGCUUACACACCUCACAAAUCUCUCUUAAGUUCUGGAAAUAACAUAACUAAGCGAGAACAUCUUGGUAUAUAUGUCCACAAUCCACAUACCUUAUUUGAUCAGAAGGAUGGUGGUUUUAACUUUUUUUGAUCUUCUCCUCUAUUCCUGUUGACAAUUAAUAGAGUACUUCUUCUUCUUUUUUAAAUAGUUUGGUUAUUCCGCGGGUGUUUCUUUAGGGCCUGGAUGUUCAUCAGUUGGUUAUGGGAUGGCUGAAGAACUUGGACCUUUUCACAUUGAGAAAGACGAGAAGACUCUUUAUUUGAAUCCUUGUGCUUGGAACCAAGGUGUUGGUAAUUUUUGUGCUAUAUUUCUGUUUCCCAUACUCAUGUAUUAUUUUCAGUUAGUUGUGACUGGAGCAGCAAUUUCCACUUUUAUCUCAAGACAGGUUUUGGAUCAUGUAGAUGACCCCCUUCUUGCCAUUUCGGCCUGGAGAAAACCUAACCUUGGUAGUAUCAAGAUCAAUUAUCAGCUGCCAUGUCGAGUAAAGGCUCUAGGGCCACUGCAGCAGUGGUUGCUCGCAAUGACAAAGGGGUUCUGAUCGAUGGAACUUUCUCCUUCUUCAGCUCCUCUUCUGUUCUGCGUGGCAAAUUGGAAGCUAUAAGGAAAGCUUGUUUUCUGGCAAAGGAUUUCAUGGGUUUUCCAGUGACAGUAGAAUCAGAUAACAAGACGGCCAUAUCUCUGAGUGUGUCCGAGCUAGUUCCACCUUGGGAGGUUCACCCAGUGGUUAUGGAUAUUCGGGAACUGCAUAGACAGCAUAACUUCGAGUUUGUUUGGGUUAGGAGAACAGCCAACAAGGCAGCCCAUCAAGUGGCCUCUCUGGCAGGAAAAGGGAAGCUGCCUCUUGACUGGAUUCCUAAUCCUCCAACCUCUUUGCUUAGUAUUUUACAUUUUGAUGUGAUUUUCUCUGCUUUGUAAGCCUUCGGGCCUUUUAUUCCAGUUAAAAAACAAAGUGUGCGUCUCUUGUACCAAUGUGUCGUAGAGAAGGGCAUUAAAGC